CGAAGUAAAACAAAGUCUAAAGUCUAGUACAGAAAAAAUGUCAACUUUCGAAAACACAACUCCGUUUAACGGCGUUGCCUCAUCCACCAUUGUACGAGCUACCAUUGUCCAAGCCUCCACCGUCUACAACGAUACUCCGGCCACUCUAGAAAAGGCAAAGAUGUAUAUUGGAGAGGCUGCGAGCAACGGAUCGGAGCUGGUGGUGUUCCCGGAGGCGUUUAUCGGCGGUUAUCCUCGAGGUUUUAGGUUUGGUUUAGCUGUGGGUGUUUUUAACGAAGAGGGCCGUGAUGAGUUCCGCAAGUACCAUGCUUCUGCCAUUCAUGUUCCUGGCCCUGAAGUUGAAAAAUUGGCGGAGUUGGCCGGGAAAAACAAUGUGUACUUGGUAAUGGGAGCGAUAGAGAAGGAUGGGUAUACACUCUAUUGCACAGCUCUUUUCUUCAGUCCACAAGGUCAGUUCUUGGGUAAGCAUCGGAAACUCAUGCCCACAACUUUGGAACGUUGCAUUUGGGGUCAAGGGGACGGAUCAACUAUCCCCGUUUACGACACUCCCAUUGGCAAACUCGGGGCUGCUAUUUGCUGGGAGAAUAGGAUGCCCCUCUACAGAACUGCAUUGUACGCCAAAGGCAUUGAGCUUUAUUGUGCACCUACUGCUGAUGGUUCUAAGGAAUGGCAAUCGUCGAUGCUUCACAUUGCUAUCGAAGGUGGAUGUUUCGUGUUGUCGGCUUGCCAGUUCUGCCAGCGUAAAGAUUUCCCAGAUCAUCCUGACUACUUGUUUACCGAUUUGGACAACAACAAAGAACAUGAUGCUAUUGUCUCCCAAGGCGGAAGUGUCAUUAUUUCACCUAUGGGACAGGUUCUGGCUGGACCAAACUUUGAAUCAGAGGGUCUCAUCACAGCUGAUCUUGAUCUUGGUGAGAUAGCAAGAGCUAAGUUGUACUUUGAUGUGGUUGGACAUUACUCGAAGCCAGAUGUUCUCAACUUGACUGUAAAUGAACAUCCGAAGAAACCGGUCACAUUCGUGUCGAAGGUGGAGAAAGCGGAGGAUGACUCAAACAAAUAAUCGAGAUUUGUUAUUUGUCAGUCAUAUGAUGGAGUCAAGUUCAAAAUGUUCUGUUGUUUCAAUAUUAUGCUGAAGUUUGUUUAUCUUUUUGUUCAAUAAUGCGAAAGAACCAAUUGGAUAUGGUAUGGUAAGAGAUCCAUGUUGUUUCAUAAACUAAUUGGUUCUCU